AUGAAGGUGAAAACGCGAACGAUCCUAGUGGCGCCGUUUCUUUUGGUGGCGUAUCUCCUCUGGGCAUCGGGGCGGCCGUUCUCCUUCCAAAACCUCCUGUCCGACCACAUUUUGGCGCUUCUGGAACCUUUGGCUCCCGAUUCGAGCCUUGCCCUAAAAUGCUCCAGCUAUUUCCACACGAUCGAAAACAGGGCCGGAGCCGGACCCAGCACGUCGAGGUUUCUCUCCCUGGACAAGAUCCGCAACCACAUCGACCACUUGCGUGUGUAUUUGCGGUGUUUCGUCGAGAAUGACAUUGUGGACGAAACAGAAGAGCGCUUUUCUCGCCAGCUUUUGCCCAUGUUCUCGCAGAAGGUGCCGCUAAUGUCGGAGAAAGGCGGCUGGAGCAGCAUGGAGGACCAUCCAGGCUCGUUCUGGCGCAACUACUUGCGUCUGGCCCACGGAAAAGGCAUAGUUGUCAGUCUAGCUGAAUCGGACGCUGCCAAUGCGGCUAGGCUCGUGAAUGUCUUGAAGGCAGUUGGCAACGAGUUGCCCAUUCAGUUCAUUCACGAAAAGGCCCUUUCGGCAGACGCCAAACACUUGAUUUUCAACGCAUCUUUGUCCCAAGACUCUGUUUUUCUGCAGAAAAUCAGCUUUAUCGAUGUACGACCGGCGAUCGAAAAGGGCUUUGGCGCAGCGUUCAAGGGUUACAAUAACAAGUGGUUUGCAGCGUUGUUUACUACGUUCGAGCAUAUGAUCUUGAUGGACGCCGACGUGGUUCCGUUCGUGAAACCAUCUGAGCUUUUCGAAGCCGAAGAAUAUCUAGCAAAGGGCGCCUUCUUCUUUCGCGACAGAGAGCUUCUGGAGGCAAUAAGCGCAAGCAAAUUUGCAUUCUUGCGCAGCUUGUUCCCAGAGUCUCUGCAUUUCAAUUUCCUGGUCGAUCCGGAAAUGCUAAACAACAACUUCUUCAACUACCACGCCAAGCACGUGAUGGAAAGUGGCAUGGUCCUAAUGCACCGGCCUUCCCAUAUUAGUGGUCUUCUCAUUUCCUUGUUAUUGCAGUAUUGGCACAAGACUGGGAAAAUCAUGUAUGGAGACAAAGAUCUUUUCUGGUUGGGCCAGCUCAUCAGCGGAAACCUGAGGUUCCACUUCAAUGAAAAUGCAGCGGCAGCUAUUGGUCUGCUUGAGAAUGGACUAUUAUGUUCCGCUCAACUAGGGCACUUGGAUAAGAAUUUUAAGCUUCUAUGGACAAACGGCGGAUUGCUGCUCUGCAAAAGAAAUACAUGGCUCUAUGAUUUUUUCCGGCACCUGUUUCUUCGAGCCAAGUUCCAAAACUCGAUUGGCAAAAUGAAGGCUGCUUAUUCAAGUGGAAUAAAAAUCAGCCAAUGUGUUCUUCCUGCAAGCAUCAAGCAAUUGAAUGGCGAAAAAUCAUCAAACCUACGGUGCAACUUCAACAAGAAUUACAGUUACGGUUGUGGGGGCAUAUUCUACUGCGCAAAACUGGAGGACGGCGGUCGUGUAAUUGACUUUUCGACCGAAGAGAAAAAAUGGUACAACUGGAUUGUGCUGGUGUGGAGUGGAGAAACCAAUAAUGCUCAAGGAAUUAAUGGAUAG